AUGAACCCUGCGUCGACCGUCGGGCCGAUUCUGAGCCCCAAGUCUGGCCACUGUAGGGACUUCUCCAUGUCGGUGCUCGAUCGGGGUCGACGCGGCUCAUCUUUUGAAAGUAGUCGUCACAGAUCCAACUCGUCGUCACAGUUUCUAGCUCAAUUCCUUCAUGGUGCUGCAGGGCAAGCGCGCAAUGAAGCUCGUAGCAUGGAAGGAGGGUGCACUGCCGCAAGUGGUGCACUGACCUUCUUGGUGGGCGACGCGAGGAUCGGUUGCCAAGGACUGGGAAAUUGGACGGUUCGAGGGUUUGAAUUUGUGGCAUUUACUUCUAGCGAAGAAGCUUCUGUUGCCAUUAAUGGUAUGGAUGGAAAGGAUGUUCAUGGUUGGAUGAUUAACGUUAAUUAUGCUACUGAUCGAAUGAGUGAAUUUCGUGGUGGUGGUGGUGGCAGUUAUGGAGGUGGCUAUGGUGGUUAUGAUGAUGUUGCUCUUACUCAACAGUUUCAAAAGUUCCUUGCAUCUUAA